GCGGAGCGGAUGCGGAUGGCGUCCAUUUUGUAACUAAUGCUUGUCUUGUAUUUUGUGACUCAUGUUGCAGUGAAGCGUUUUAUGUUAAUUCAUAGUGUUCCCAAGAAGCUAUCGUUUGUUUCGUUGAUUUGAGGUGUUGUGAUUAAAGCGAACAUUGGUCGCGAUAGUUUGUGGUAAGACUUGAUAACUUUGUAAGAUAGUGGUUCACCAAACUGAGCUUUCAUGAUUGGAUUACCGCGUAGCGAUAGAGAUAGAGAUCGUAUAACGGUGAAAAUUCGUAACAUGAAGCGAAGCUCAUCAAGGGAUAGCAUGCCGCGAUCGAAGAGGACGCGUAGUAGCAUAGGUCGUUAUGAUGAUAGUUCAGAUGAACGCGUUACACCAGAGCGCAUUCGACGUCGCGUGCGGUCGCCGAGUCCCAGAGGUCGGUAUAUUUCACCCCAUCGCGACGAUUACGUACGGUCUAGGGAGAUUCGUGAAGAUUCCGUACGUCCUUACUACAAAGUUCUUUGUGUUAGCGCACUGCACCCUAAAGCUUCCGAUGAAAUUGUUAAAGAUACUCUUUACAGGGAGUAUAAAAAAUAUGGAGAGUUCACCAUCAAAAUUUCUCACGAACUGGAUGAGCGGGUCGCGUAUGUAUGCUUCAGGAGUGCAGAAGAUGCUAGGGAUGCGAAGCAUGCCAAGCCGAGAAUUAUUUUAUACGAUAAAGUAGCUAUUGUAGACCCCGUUUACGAACCUCUUAGGGCUGAAUACAGAAGUAGGCCAAGAAGCAUUACCCCACCAGAUUAUGACCGUCCAUACUCUUAUGCUUGGUCACCAGUCCCUGACCGAAGGAGGCCACCACCAGAUGAUAGGGCAUAUGGCAUACCACCUACUGUGCCCCCGCACCACAGAGAUUUUCGGCCUCCAAUGCACGAAUAUCCAAUGGCGGGCCCACAUGGACCUCCAAUGCAUCAUAGACCCCCAAUGCACCACCCACCCCAUCCACAUUAUAUGCCAAGGCCCUACAUGCCCCGGCCACACCAUCCACCCUUUGAGAAAAUGGAAAACAAAAAAGACAAAUUUCCUAACUACUUGCACCAUGUUCAGCCUGAAGAUGAUCCUUUAGCUACCAGAACACUUUUUGCAGGUAAUUUAGAAAUUAACAUAUCUGAUGAGGAACUCCGACGUAUAUUUGGCCGUUAUGGUAUUGUAGAAGAUAUUGACAUAAAACGUCCACCUCCUGGUACUGGUAAUGCUUUUGCAUUUGUUAGGUAUCAAACUUUAGACAUGGCCCAUAGAGCCAAAGUUGAACUUUCUGGACAGUACAUUGGAAAAUUCCAAUGUAAGAUAGGGUAUGGCAAAGCAACACCUACAACUCGUGUCUGGGUUGGUGGUCUGGGUCCAUGGACAUCAGUAGCCCAAUUAGAAAGAGAAUUUGAUAGAUUUGGUGCCAUUAAAAAGAUUGAAUAUGCUAAAGGAGAGGCUCAUGCAUAUAUUCUAUAUGAUUCCAUAGAUGCAGCUCAAGCUGCAGUAAAAGAAAUGAGAGGGUUUCCUUUGGGUGGACCUGACAGACGUCUUCGUAUAGACUUUGCUGAUGUAGGUACAGGGGGUCCUUAUAGACCUAAGCCUUAUGCUCCACCUGUAGGUGAAGAUGGCAGACCUGUUGAAGGAUAUGAGGGAUAUGAAGGAGGAUCAUGGGAUGAAGGAUAUACAUAUGGAUCGGGUUAUCGAGGUCGCGGUGGUCAUCGUGGUCGUGGUCGGGGAAUGUAUAGGGGUGCAUAUCAUGGUGCAGGGGACUAUAGAGAUGAGGAAUGGAGGAGGGCCCCAGCAGAUGGAGAUUACGAGAGUCGAGUCAGGCGAUCUGGAUCACGUGAGCCGGGAGUCGAUAGAUCACGAUCCCGAUCGCCACGUCGCCGCUCUCCUGAAAGUGACUCUGAUGGAUCUCCUCGGCGCAGUAGUGGAAUGCUAUCAUCGGCUAGAACUCUACCUGAAGUAGUCCGUAAAGCAGCAACAAUAUGGAAUGGUGCUCUCAUUCUCAAAAAUUCAUUAUUCCCAACCAAGUUCCACUUGACUGAUGGUGACUCUGAAAUAAUUGAUAGUCUGAUGAAAGAUGAAGAUGGAAAAAAUCAGUUAAGAAUUACUCAAAGAUUGAGAUUGGAUCAGCCAAAAUUGGAUGAUGUACAGAAACGUAUUGCUACAUCUAGCUCACAUGCUAUAUUCUUAGGGGUGGCAGGUUCAACUGCAUCUAUAACAAAUGAAGACACAAGUAUUCAGACAAGGCCUAUGCGAAAUUUGGUUUCAUAUCUCAAGCAGAAAGAGGCUGCAGGAGUAAUAUCACUGUUGAACAAAGAAACAGAAGCCACGGGUGUACUUUAUUCCUUUCCUCCUUGUGAAUUUUCAACAGAGCUCCUAAAAAGGACUUGCCACAACUUGACAGAGGAAAGUCUGAAAGAAGAUCAUCUUGUUAUUGUGGUUGUCCGUGGGGGCUCUGCCUAACUAAUAUUUUUUUAUUACAUAAAUUAUUUAGCAUAAAAGUAUUAUUUUUAGGUUACGACGAUUAUUUUUUUAUUAUAGAGUUAUUUUAUACUGUAAUUUAUGUGGCGUGUAGUGCACUGUGGGGUGUUUCUAACUUAGUUUAGUGAAGGUUAAAGUAUUGUUAUUGUGUAGUGCUGUGAAUGUAAUUACUAAGUUUGUGAGAAGCAAUAAUUUUUGCACAUAUCUAGGUUACAUUUAUAUUAGUUUUGCUAGGAUUAACUUUGGACAAAAUACUGCAAUUGUGUAUUAAUAUUGGCAAAGGCAAGUUAUAGUGUAUACUUUUAUCCAGUGUACGUUAGGUGACUGUGUUGUGUGUGAAUAUGCAAAUAGAAUAUUAAAUCUGAA